GAAACAUUGGAAGUUAUGUGUGUGUGCGUUUGAAUAUUUAGUAUUUAGUGUUUACAUUGUGCACAGGGUGACAGCGAGACAUUUUCAUCUGUGAAUCUUAUCGAAUGUUAAGAACCUUUUUUGUGGUACUAUGUAUAGAAACGUGAAAUCGACAAUUUCCGCAGUCCUUCUCUAACUUUCGCUGUCAGGUGUUAAGAAAAUAGUACAGCCAUUGCAUUGUUCGGUAACAUUAUUAAACCAUACCAUAUUAAAGCUUUCCCGGCAAAGUGUUCGUAGCGAGUGUCACGCAAAUGAAAGUUCAAUAAGAAAUCUUUGAAAUACAGUCCACAGGACUGGGCGCCAUGCUGCCGCGCGUCUAGCAUGGCCGGCCAGCCCAUGGCCUCGUCGGCGGUCUUCUGCCUCAGCCUGCAGAUACGAGUGGACCGCGACACGCAGCCCGCUGCGCCCUCCGGCGACCUGCUGCUGCUCAAGACACCGCUGACCGCGCGGCUCCCGGCCGCCGCGGCGCCCGCGUCCCGCCAGCUGCUGCUCGUCGAGCGGCCCACAGACGGAGAGCCCAUCAAGCUGCCGGAGAACCUGGAGAGCCUGCCCCAGGCGGACCACUUCCCCACCCAGAGGCAUCGCUGGAACACCAAUGAGGAGAUUGCCGCCAUCCUCAUCAGCUUCGAAAGACACGCAGAGUGGCAGUCCAAGGAGGUCAAGAUCAGGCCGAAGAGCGGGUCCAUGCUGCUGUACAGUCGCAAGAAGGUCCGUUACCGCCGCGAUGGCUACUGCUGGAAGAAGCGCAAAGACGGGAAGACCACCAGGGAAGAUCACAUGAAGCUCAAAGUGCAAGGAACCGAGUGUAUUUAUGGCUGCUAUGUGCACUCGGCGAUACUGCCGACGUUCCACAGGCGGUGCUACUGGCUGCUCCAGAACCCGGACAUCGUGCUGGUGCACUACCUCAACGUGCCCUACCCCGACGACAACAAGCUGGCCGUGAUCACGCCCAGCCUCGCGCUCUGGGGGGACAAGAAGGAGUGGACGAAGGAAGAGUUAGUGUCGCAACUAAAGCCCAUGUGUGAGUCGCCAGCUCCCUCCUUCUUCUCCAGUGUCCAUCAUUCGGUCUUCAGUGAGGAUGAACCUGACCUGAAUAAUGAGCUGGAAAUUUCGACGGCGGAGACCGUGGAGGCGAUAGUGACUCAGCUGAUGGAGAAGCAACAACUGGCUCGCUCGGCGGCCCUCACCAAGCAGCUGGAGUGCGGCUGCCCCGACUCCACUUGCGCCGACGGCAAGGCGUGCGCCCACCCCAUGAGGCGCAUAUCCGCCGCCAAGAUGGACGCCGGCAACACCUCCGUCGUCAACAUGGCCAACGUGAACACCGAGAACAACAACCAGGUGUCUUCCACGACGGGCUCCGGCGGCCUGGUGCACACCUCCCACCACCGCCUGCACGUGCCGACCAGCGCGGGGCCCCCCACCACCUCGGCCCCGCCCCUGGUGCUGAGCCUGUCCCAGAUCCAGGGCGGCGGGGGGCUGCUGAUCCUGAACGGCUCGGGCGGCCACGGCGGGGCGCGCCACCAGUCGCUGGUGUCCCCGGUGGCCGUCACCUCCUUCGUGUGCGGGCCCCGCAGCCACCACGCCAAGGAGCCCGAGCCGGAGCGGGAGGCCAUGGAGACGGGCUCGCCCACCUCGGCGUGCCGGCGGCGCGACGCCAACCUCGUCAACAACAACAGCACCAGCAUGGACGCGGCGAACGGCAACACGGUGUUCGUGUCGGGGGAGCGGGAGCGGCCGUACGGGCUGGGCAGCGCCCCGCCGACGCCCGCCAAGAGGGAGAGCGCGGUGCUGGUGAUGGGCAAGGGGCAGGACGCGGUGUUCUUCAACGAGACGCUGGACCUCUCUCAGGAGGACAUCCAGCAGACGCUGCAGGCCAACAUGCCCGCCCGCGCGGAGGGUGCCGUCUCCCCGCCGGAGGACACGGUGGUCUCCGAGAUCGACCCCAUGGACUUCAUGGACGGCUGCGACGCGGCCGUGUCCCCGGCUCACGGGGAUGACGACGUGUUCGUGAACCUGGAUGCCUUCGACAUGCUGGGGGACUUCCCGGAGCUGGAGACCCUGGAGCCGGCGCCGGAGGAGCCUGCGUCCUCGCGAGUGGACAAGGGCAGCGAGCAGGCGUCUCCCCGCAUGGACUACCGCGAGGGCACUGCCAACAUCACCGACUACUCCCCCGAGUGGGCCUACCCAGAGGGCGGGGUGAAGGUGCUGGUGACGGGGCCGUGGUACUCCACGACCUCGCCCUACACGGUCCUGUUCGAUACAUUCCCCGUGCCGACCACCCUGGUGCAGAGUGGCGUGCUGCGCUGCUACUGCCCUGCGCACGAGGUGGGGCUGGCGACCCUGCAGGUGGCGUGCGAGGGCUUCGUGAUCUCCAACUCUGUGAUAUUCGAGUACAAGAGCCCGGCGGCGGAGGAGCGGGGGCCGGGCCGGGAGCUGCAGGCGGAGCGAGGCGACGACCACCUGCUCAAGUUCUCGCUGCUGCAGCGGCUGGAGGCCGUGGACGGCCGGCUGCACAUCAAGCAGGAGCCCGACACGGGCGACCUGGUGGAAGGCUCAUCCCUGUUCAGCCAGAACAACUUCGAGGACCGCCUGGUCAGCUACUGCCAGUACAUGACGUCGCGGUCCUGGAAGCAGGAGGAGGAGGCCGGCUCUGCCUUCUCCGGCCACCGGGGCAUGACGCUGCUGCACCUGGCCGCGUGCCUGGGCUACUCCAAGUUGGUGUGCGCGAUGCUUCACUGGAGGACAGAGAACUCGUCCGUGCUGCUGGACACGGAGGUGGAUGCACUCAGCCAGGACGACGAAGGGUACACACCUUUGAUGUGGGCGUGCGCGCGCGGCCACCAGGCCACGGCGCUGCUGCUGUACCACUGGGACCGCUCGGCCCUCGCGCUCAGGAACCACGGCGUGCGCUCGGCGCUGGAGUGCGCCCGCGCGGCGGGGCACGGCCGGCUGGCCCGCGAGCUGGAGCGCCUGGAGGCGGAGGGCGAGAAGGACCGCGCCCCGUCGCCGUCCCCGGCCGAGUCCCCCGCGCGCUCCCGCGACGGGGUCUUCCUGCGCCCGGGCGCCGUGCGCAGGAACGAAGUGCAGAAGACCAAGAUCAUGAGCAUGGACCUGGACAUCAGCUUGCUGGACUCCCACGGCAACAGCUGCUGGAGCUCCUUGUUCAGCCAAGAGGGCAGCGGCGAGGACGGCCCGGACCAGCGGCCGGGGAGCCAGCGCCUGAGCAAGCGACCGUCCGUCGACAGCGGCAUCCACCUGGCGGCCGUCCAGAGCUCCGACAGUCUUCCCUCCCUGCACUCGGGCCGGGACACCCACAAGCUCUCCAGGUUCGACCGCAGCAUGUCUCUGCCGCUGGCGUCCCCCACCUCCGCGGCGUUCGACGUCUCCGGCAAGGAGGACACACGCAGCUCCCCCGUCAGGAAGAUGGACUUCGCACUGUGCGAAGUGGCCACGGACGUAAGGAGUGAUAGUCCCGUCGUAGACGUGGAGGCCGUCUCGGACGAUGAUGCAGAGGCGAAGGGCGACGGUGCUGUAGGGGAGCCGGACGUCCGUGUGCUGACCUUGGCAGAGCAGAUCAUUGCUGCCAUGCCGGAGAGGAUCAAGAACGAGAGCGAGGACAUGCUGCUGGGGGGCGACUGCAGCCCGCCGCCCCACGCCCUCGCCGAGGUGUUCAUGGAGCCGCUGCUCAUGGACGUGCAGUCCUCCUCCUUCCAGGCCGCCGAGUUCGACUUCGAGUUCAGCGACCACAACUACAGGUAUUACGACGUCGGCAGCCCCGGGUCGUCGUCCAGCCCUGCCUCGUCCAGCUGCCUGCAGUCGCCCGGCUCGCUCGCGCUCGACUCCCCGUCCCCGCCGCCCACCACCGCCGACUUCUGCGAGUUCUUCCAGGCCUCCGCGUCCAUGUUCGAGAAGGACUUCUCCAACCUGACUCUGUCCGACAGGGAGCAGCGAGAGCUGUACGAGGCGGCCAAGAUCAUCCAGAAGGCGUACCGCUCGUACAAGGGCCGGAAGAAGCUGGAGGAGCAGGACAAGGAGCGCGCCGCGGCCGUGCUCAUCCAGAACUACUACCGGCGCUACAAGCAGUAUGCGUACUUCAAGCAGAUGACGAAGGCGGCGCUGGUGAUCCAGAACGGUUACCGUUCGUACUGUGAGCACAAGCGCUUCAAGAAGAGCCAGGAGGCGGCGGUGUGCAUCCAGAACUACUACCGCAACUACCGUGAGCUCGACCGGUCCAGUAGGGAGCCCACGCCUACAUCAUCCUGCCUCAAGCGCACGUAUUCCCAGCGACGCCAGCACCAGGCUGCUCGCAAGAUCCAGCAGUUCAUGCGCCAGUCCAAAAACAAAUUGCAGAGAGAACGAGCGUUGGCAGCCGAAAGCGGGAAGCAGUCGGGCCCGUCAGCGGCUGCCCCUCAAAAGUAGCUCUGUCCAGACAGUUCGGCGUGCUGCAGCACCGGGCCAAAUAGCAGGGCAGCGGCUGCGGCAAGCACAGGAGCCACGCGGCCGGCGGGCUGGACGCUCGCAGGUAACAGAGGUCAGCACUGCCUAACCUUUGACAAUCUGUACUCCCCGGUGAGUCGGGGAGACUUCCACACUUCUCGCAGACAGUAGCAACGACAGACGAAGCACCAACCUCACAGAACUGAACUACUGUUCUUUCGGCAGACAGCGAAGAGAUGUGUUACACCCCGUGGGGAAAAAAAAAAACUGUUUCUAUUGUGGACCCCACCCAAUCAUUCUUACUCAUGUUUAUGUUUAAAUUUACAUUUACAGGUAGUUUGUUGAAAAUUAAAUAUAUAAGCUUUUUGAAAUUGGGCUGAGUUAGGCAAUAAUACCACUUUUUAACAUUUCGAGCACAAUGCCAUAUGUUCUGAUGAUCAGCUGCCCAAAUCUCAAUUAAAAUCAGAAUAUUUUAACAAGUAGAGAGCGCUUAAUUGUGGCUCAGGUUUGCAUAAUUUUCCUUCAAUAACUCUCAAACACUGCGGGAGUUGAUUAUUCAGUUAUUGUUUGGAACUAUUUCAAGGCCUUGACAUUGCUGCACUGUUAAGGAGUGAUAGCACACUCUUGCAUGCACCGCUUGCGAGGCAUUGCUCUUCAAGUAGGAAGGUUCUGUUUUUACUGUGUAAAUAUUACGUCUGAUAAAUUAUCGAAGGCUGUGUUCAUAUUUAGAGAGGCAAAAGAAACCGUGAGUUCUGCUCAUGUGCUAGUACCUGCAUUUCCAAUAAUAUAAUUACGUAUUGUAAUAAUGAUGUAAAUAUAGUGUUUGAAACAGAGUUCCACUUCUCUGCUUGGCUAAAUAGCGUCAAGAUAUUAGAUUGUAGGACGUUAACAAUGAGACACGCAGUGACGUGUAUCUUUACUGAACUUGAAAUAUUUUUUAUUUAUUAUUUAUUUACUUUGUUAACUUAUUUAUUCUGAACUUUAUUUCAAUUUAGGUGUUUAGUGUGGAGUGUCUGUUGUAAAUUUAGUGUGUGUUCUGUGAAGUGGUGGUGUUAUUUAAGGGGGAAUAUGAAGUCUGCAGGUGAUGCGAUGUGAUUGGUUGGGAGUGAACAGGGUAAGGAGUGAACUGUUUUCACACGGGUUGGCUGCAGCAACCUGUUCUUAAAUUAUAUUGCGUCUGCUAGUGGUAUGUUAUGAUAAGAGAUUUAUUUAUUGCCAGUUUAUACUGUACAUUUGUAAAUACGUAUGCGUGUGAGUAACUUAUCACUUAUUAAUAUUAUUAGAAUUUUAAUUGUGUUGCAAAUGAAAGUGUUUACUAUUAUGAGUUUAAAAAAAUCUGUUACUUCUUGUUGCACAUUUAUUGAAUGUGUAUGUCAUAAAAUAAAAUAAAAAAGUGUUUUGAUAUAUUAUUAUUAAAUAUUUUAUCGAUCAUCAGAAAAUUUAAGCAAUCAAAUAAUUUUUUUUUGCUAGAAACAUUUUAAUAAAGUUUCUGGCUUAUACAUGUAAGUUAUUUGUAUAUAGCGACCUAGGCUUCUUUUGGUCAUGCAUAUGUACAUACUUGACACAUUUUUUGCCAAGUGUAGUGCUGUUCAGAUGAAAGAAUAAUGUGAUGGUUAUUGUAGUAGUGAAAUUAUAUUUUCUGGACUUGCACGUUGAAUUUUUCGCUCUUUGAGCCCGUGGGCAUAGACAAGUAGAAACAGGAUGAUCAAGUGAGACAACAGAAGCUGUGAUGUAGGAUGCAGAAAUUUUACUCGUUAAAAAUGUUAGCUUGUUAAAGAGUUAUAUACUAGUAGAUACUGGGGACAUUGUGAUGGUGCGACUGUGAAUCAGGAGAGUGAUUGUGAUGUAGGAGGCCUGAGUCCACUAAGCUUGGCUGUAAAUAGUGUAAGGUACUUAAACGAUAAUGUAACAUUUAGUGAUAAUGUAGUCUUACGUCUUUCAGCUCCAAUGCCCGUAUGCCUCUCAUAACGACAGUGCUGUAAGCAUGCGUUGUUCUGUAUUUCAUCCCGUGCAAAUAGCAUGGAGAGCAUACGCACUGUUGCCAUUCUCUCUCCGCUGUUCAGUUUCGCCCUCUCGAUGGUGUCUGUGGAGUGUCUUCCUGGAAUUCAACUUCAAUUCAACUUCAACUUUGGCAUGAUAUUGGCAAACUUUUAAUAUAAUAUAAUGUGUUUUAGUAGUAUAUAUUUGUCGACAUUCAUCAGUACGAGAAAGUACGUCGACUGUGUUAUUAGUUGUUACCUGUUUAUUAUAUAGUUUAGGACUGCACUGCCUCGCAAUUAUUUGGUUUUCUUUAACAGAAAAAUAAGUCCUAUCAUGUUAAGAUUUGGAUAGCUUUAACAAAAGAAAUACAUUUUUUAAUGUAUUUCUCUGCUAUUCAGAUCAUCCUUCUUGUGCUAAUCUUCCAUUCAAAACUUAAAAGUUUCUAAUAUAUAAAUUUUUUAAAUGUAUAAUUAUUUUUAAUCAUAAAUUAGAAGGGUUUCUCAAUUAUCAGUUCCAGAUUAUGCCGAGUGUGGAAAUGUGUCAAAACCGUAUUUGCUUGCGAAAAUGCAAAUGUGUGGUUUGAGCAGAACUUUCACUAGCAGCUUAAACAUUAAAUUUUAAAACUGAAAACAACAAUGAAAAGCAUGUCAAUACAAUAUAUAGCACCAAAAUGAAAGUGAAAUCACGAGGUUAACCAAAAAUUAAUUUACAUCACCAAAAAAAAAUAAGUAUUAUUUUAAUGUUUGAAGUUCAAGGAAUAUUAUUAUUUCUGUACAAAGUUUGUACCAAAGUGGAAUGAUCAGAAAAAUUAAUUUAAUUUGUUUGUUUGUGCAUCUCUUAUUGAAUCACUAUUAAACCACAAAUUUUUGCCAUUUUAUUUUUAUUGUUCUGAAUGUAUCUGAUGAAUAGAAACUUAUUACAAAUUGUUUUGUUGUAAAAAGGCAUGUCAUCAUUAAACUGUUUUGGUGGGAGAACUAUUAAGAGCCAGAAUUUAUAAAAAUAAAUACACAGAAAUUAUCUGUUAUAAAACAAAAUGGGAUUCAAAAUAAAUUCAUAAGAUCUUGUCUCUAUGUAGGUAUUAUCGCCUUGUGUAUUCAUGUGCUCAACUAUUCACAAGUUACUGAUUUUACCUAGAUUAAUACGAAAUGGUAACAUUUUAAUGUCCAUGCAAGUAUGUUAUUUUAUUUUGUGGCUGAACGGCCGUCACCGGCCGCCCACAGAGGUGAUGUGGGUUCGGUUCCCGGCAUUUAAUUUGUGUGCAACACGGGUGUUGCUGUAAGACUGUGUGUUUCCUCACUGCCCUCCUACUUCUCGUAUUCAUUUCAAUUUGCUCCCCUACUGCUUCAUUUGCCAAGAUUUAAUAAUAGUUCAUCAUCAUCACCUUAAGUGUGUUUACUUUCUGCUAGCACCACCCCUAGUGUUGCUCUCAAUUUUUUUAACUUUUAAACUAAUUGGAAAGUGUUUUAUGUUCUUUUCGUAAUAAAUUACAUUAACACUUGAGCGACCAUAAUCAUUCUCUAUGAGACGCCAUACAAAAUUAACACAACUUCGUUUGCAAACUCAAAACUGCUAGUACUACAGCUCUUGAUUACCUUCUAUUGUACUAAUUAGGAAGAAAAGUUAAUCUCUUGCAAAAAUCAUCAGUUCAAAACAAAACAAAAAAAACAUACAAUCAAUUAAAUGUAUAUUUUUUUCAAGCAUAUGAUUUUUUUUUUCAUGGCUGUAAUAAUUAAUCACAGACAUUAGUUUAAAAAUGAGAUAUUUGCAUUUAAACAUAAUUUUUUUUUCCAAACGGUCAUCUGCAGCUAUUGCUGAUACGGAGUUUCUCUUGAGCUCUGCAGAAAAUGUGCGGGUGUGGAAAGUUUUGAGUAGUGCCUCACAAACACCAAUAUGGCCGUGAUUUAACCUUUCAUUAUGAAGUUGUCUGAAGUGAACUGGCAUUCCCAGCAUUAGUAGCUAUCAAAAAAAUGUGAACGUUUAGAGAAGAUGCUGUAACUAUGGUUGCAAUUUCCAAUCAAAGAGGAAUUCCACAUGAAUACUAUUGAAUAUUUUAUGUUAUAUCUCUUAGAAGUGGAGAUUGUUUGUACGCCUGACAGAGGUAGUGUGAACUCUUGGCCUAAUCUGGAACUGAGUUGGACUUGAGUCUUCUACAAGCACGUUCUCUAACCAUUCUUGUGUGCUUGUUGAAACGGUGACUGCAGUAGUGCAGAUCCAAACUUUUUAACUUCUCUUGUGUCCAUGCGUUCAGUUCUGCUUCAGUUUGUGUGGUCUUACGUGAGCUGUCUGUGCGACAGGGCGUGUUGAAGAGUAAUUGAAGUGGCUUCCAGUGUCUCACAGUUAUGGAAUCUAGUGCGAACAUGAUGGACUCCGUAAUUGUAUUGUAUAUACUACGUAAACUGUAUUUAGUUUUAGUGUGUCUGGAAAACUUAUUUCCAUUUGCUUAACCACUGCCAGUUUCGACGCUCCGCAUUCUGUGGAGGUAUUUUACUCUCAUACUCUUUUGAAGACGGAAACACUGGAAGGGCAAGUGGUUGAAUCAUCCUAGUUGUAAGUCAUUGAUUCCUUUAAGUGUCAAAAAUAUUGCUUAUCUAAAAUAGAUGUAUGAAUUGAAAGAAAUUAGUUUUGGAUCUGUUACCACUCUCAGGUAUUUUUUACAGAUGAUGAACGAACGACAUGUUGUUAAAGUGAUGCCAGCCGCAGACUAACUGGCUGUUCUGUUGUAAAUACACCCAUCUCUAGCAGUGCAGAUGUUUUGUAAUGGAAAUUAUAUUUUAUUCAAGCAGAGCUGUAUUGAGUUAUCUACCCUGACAUUUGAAAUUCUGAUUUUUUUUUGCUGUAUGGUUUUCUCUGAGUGUUCCCAUUUGCCUUCCACUGCCGCUCAACCCGUCAAACCUCAUCCGUCUCUAGCAAUUUCAAUUCGGAGAGACAUCAAACCAUUAUUAGAAAAUAAAACAAAUUAAAACCCAUUGCUUUUAUGGAAAAAGUGCAACUAUGUAAUUGUAGUUUCUAAUGCAGGCUUUGCAUACAACUUGUAAGGCUUACCAGUUUUAGUUCCUGUGACAAAGCAAACCUCAACAAAGGCUUUGUUUGUUUGGGACUUGCGCAACAAGUCACUACCGGGCUGUUCUUGUGGGUGCGACCACUACUUCAGGAGGCUGUAGCAAUGUAGUGCCUAGAGGCAGUCUUGUUUCGAGCUAAGCCAGCCUUGAAGUCAGCACCGUCAGGGCAUAAGUGCAGCGGAACACGUGUCACCUCAAACACCACGACAUAACUUCAACCCUAAUGUCGAGGUGGCCUCGACAACCGUCUCAAAAGCCGGAGGGCGUCUGUAGUAUUCAGACUCGAUAAGUAUUGCUGUCACCAGCGAUGCGCAUUGCUGUCACCAGCGAUGCGCAUUGAACCUUUGCUGUUUGAUGAAAAUACAUAAUGAAAAUAUUUAUGUGACCAGAAAAGCACUGGGUCUUAUUGUGAUGUUUUAGUUCAUCAGGAGAUCAAAUUUGGAAAUAAAUUGUGAUACGAUUCAAAGGGUACAUAAACCAUUUGUUGGCGUUAUAGCUCUUGGUUACAAAUUAUGAGUACUAAUAGUAAUAGUAAUAUAUUUCAAUACCUAAAUUAUGAGAUUUUGCUAGAUGUAUCCCAUAUUAGCAACUCUGCAUUUGGAUAGAAACAUUUACACUUUUAGUACUUUCCACACUGUGUAUUUUUACUUUCUACAAUUACUGCACCUUUGGUGCAGAAGUUGUGGAUUGUUUGUAUCAUGCAAAGUGUUAAGUUAAACUGUAACUGCAUUAACUUAUUUCCAUUUGUAAUUCAAGAACAUUGACUGCCAAAUAUUUUGAAUAUGAAAGUAAAGUAUGAAUAUAUACUGUUGUGAAAAAAUUUGGUUUCAGUGAUGUUUUCAUUCAGCUGAAAGCAUGACUUGUACAAAGUUUUGUAUUUAUUUUUUAAAAUUUUAACUAUUUAUUAAAGUGAGUGAUGUGGCAGUUAUAUGUUUUACCCGGUUCUUGGUUCUUUGUUAACCUCCAUUACAAUGUUCAGUCACACCAAAAACACAUAAUAUAUGGCAUAUUUAUUUGUUCGGUAUGACUUAGCAGUGCUCCUAAUUAAAAUAAUCUGACCACUAACAAUAAAAAAGCUCCUAGGUAGCACAGUUGUGUCCCAUCUCUCUAGGUAGCUAGAGCAGCAACACACAGUAAUACAUGUUAACUGCUGGGUGGAUACGUAACUCACACACACACACACACACACACAUAAAAAUUUCUUGAGAAAAAUGUAAAUAUCUCUUCAGAAUAGAUAAAGUAAUUAAUAAAAAAUAAAUAAUAAAAACUAGUACAGGAAUAGAAACAAAAAUCAAUUGCUAGUUAAGUAUGUAUUGUUACGAGUAUAAUGUGGGAAGAACUGGGUUAGUAAGGGAUACCCCAAUAAAUUAGCACAUUAUUGUUUAUUUCUAAUGUCUACACUAUAAAUUUAAUUACUGCAUUCAAGAUUUCUGUCCACAACAAUUAGUCUUACACUGAUCAUUGAAACACAAACACUUUCCACUGGAGCUUGGCUCAACAGUGGCUUGCUCUUAUGUCCGACUCUAAACACACCCCUUCCCUCCCCCUGUUUAGCUUCCUGUGGUACCAGGAUUAUAUUUACUGUUUUUGAUGCUGCUUAUACUGACCAGAACCGAGAACCCGGACUGACUGACACAUUACUAUUUAAAAUCAGUACUGUUUGCAAACAGUCUUACUUUUUCUAACUUUCUGAAGAUAAGCACAUUGUGGAAAUUGUAUAAUGUAAUUCAAGCUCUAGUAUUCAAACAUGUACUAUAUAUACAUGAUUGUAGGCUUUUUAUAUGUUAAAAAGAUAGAAGAAAAAUAUUUUUACAUAUUCGUAUAUCCUCAUGCCCAUCCAGAUUAAGAGUGAAGUUUAGUAAAGUAGGAAAGAUUUAAAUGAUUGUUGGUUACUAUUAUGGAGCCAGCCAUUAUUCACGUGUUUCAUAACGACAACCACUUGUUCUUUUGGUGACGUCUGGUAGAGAUGCGUACGUGAGACUCCUAGUACUAAUUAAGUGCAAGCCAGAUAACUACUAAAAAGAUUUUCCUCUAGCGAGUUCCAUUUUCACAUCGUUAUCCAUGCCACUUAGCAAUUUCAUCUUGUAAGAUACUCGUGAUAUACAAACUGUAACAUGUUUAACUCUUUUUACCAUUCAUUCUGGCAUGUUAUUUGAACUACUUAUUAAUAUUUUAACUUCAAAUACUUCUCAUUAUGCCUAAGAGUUCAAUUCUUCUACAUAUACAUGUUUGUUGAGAUAUUCAUCAUAAUGUUUUCAAGUUGUAAAAUGUAGUACUAUAAAUUUGAAAGAAAAAGAAAGAAAAAAAAUAAUGCAGUGAAAAUUUUUGUGGUGUUGAAUUAAGUUGGUCAAACUGAGAUGAAUCCAUUGUAAUUCAUGUUACGGGACGGUUUGAGCAUUCUUUUAAGAUUGUUUUGUUACAAAUGUGUGUGGUGUGCAUGCAUGCGUGUUGGCAUGCGUGCGCCGUGUGGCGUGUUGGCAUGUGUGUGCCGUGUGGCAAGGCCGGUGACCUGCGGCUACAACCGCCAGGUCAGUUUCCACUCUCCCCCUUCCUGCACGUUACAGCUGCUGUUUUCGUUUGCGGUUGCGUUUGUCUGUCCCAGUGAGCUUCGUUGUGUUUCUCUCCAUAGUCGUGGACACGUGGUUUCCGCUUCACUCCUCUCGCAUCUUGUAGUCACUUAGUUUACUUUGCUUCCGUUAGUUUUGCAUGUAGUAGUUAACAAAAGCAAUGUCUGGUUCACCAUGACUGAUAAUGCUUUUGAGACGUUGACAAUUGCUGAGUAUAGACACGUAGUUAUGACACGUUUAAAAAAUAAGUCAUACAUUCUGUCACAUAUCAUGUUUUGUAACUAUUUAAUAUUACUGUUUUUUUAAAUAGUCAAUUUAUUUAUAUGAAAUAAGUUUUGGUAGGAUUUAGUCAUCUAGAAUCAAUAUCUUUGCAUUUUUUAAAAUCUAUAUAAGAAUUUCUAUAAAAAAAAAUAUUCUGUACCUUAUAUGUAGGUCUAAUGCCAUUUAAAUGUUAACUGUUUCUACUAUUGCAUAUUAUAUUUUAUUCUGACUUCCUAGCUUGCACAUUGAAAUAUUAAAUUAUCUGCAUACAUCAUGUGCAAAUGCAUGGGUAAAUAUUAAAAAUUAUUCUUAUCAAAUCAUAAUAUUUACUUUUUGUCACGAAGUAUUACGAGUGAUGGAACUUAAUUUUUCGAUUAUGUUAUUCAUGCUGUGUAUUAAACUGUACACACUGAUGUAACGCCCCUCAUGCCCCAAAAUUAUAUUAUUUUAAUUUAAUAAAAAAAAUCCUAGAAAACAGCUGAGCAAAAAUAUAAAGAAAAAGACAAGUAUUACCAGAGGGGGCACGAGGUGGAGAACAAGACAAUUUGAUACUCCCUGCACGCAAGCAACUUGGGAGCUAGUGGAUUGUUUAUUAGAUAUACCGUAUUUACUCGUGUAUAGCGCGCCCUCGUGUAUAGCGCGCACCACGAUUUUUGCAACUAAUUCCAAAGAAAAAAAAAAUUGAAAUUUUUUUUUCCCCCAUAAAUAAAUUUUACUAACAUUUUGUGGUACCUGAUUAUUUAAAUUGAUGUGUGGUGAUGCGUCAGGAAAAUACAUAAACUCUGCUGUCUAAACGGAAGAUAAUGAAGCGCUAUAUCGUCACAACUGGUACGUGGAAGGAAGGAAGGAAGGGAGGGAGGCGUGCCGCGCUACGUUGCUAAGCUGGCGCGGAGAACUUGAUGACUCACCGGUGAGGAAUGGAGGAAGCGAAGAAGUUGCCGGGGGGGGGGGGGGGGGGGGGGGGAACUGGUGACAACAUUCUCUCUUUCUCUCUCUCUCUUUUUACUAGCUUCUGAGCUGGCUUUCUGUAAAGGGGGGAGGUCUAAAAAUAAACAAGAGACCAUGAUGUGCGAGCUUGCGCGCGCGCGCGUGUGCGUGUGUGUGAGUGUGUGUGUGUGUGUGUGAAACAGAGGCCUUGUUGCUUGUGCGUAUGUGUGGGGGCUGGCCAGAAACGUCACCCGUCACCCGGCAGUUAACGACUUCCACUCCUCCCCCCCCCCCCCAAAAAAAAUUUUUUCCCGUGUAUAGCGCGCAUCCUUAUUUUUUUCCUUUACUUGAGGGGGAAAAAGGGCGCGCUAUACACGAGUAUAUACGGUAGGUUAAUAAGGAAAAAAUAAAUCACUACAUAAGUAGAUUGGUCUAUAGCAGGGCCGGUGCAAGGUAAAUUGGCGCCCUAGGCGAAAAACCUUAAUUGCCCCCCCCCCCCCCCCCCAAGCCAGACACUCCAAAAAAAAUUUCCUUGCCUCAAAAUACAUCACGUAAGCCUAAGAUUUUGUCAACAAUCAAAUGUAAGCAGGAGGCUUGUGUUUUUUAUUACUUUUUUACUUAUUACAAAUCAUAAAUAGGUCACCGUGGACUUUAAAUAAAUACUUAUAUCAAUAUAAACAUUCCAAACUGUUACAAAAAUCAAUUUUCAUCUAGUUUCAAUAAUCCUCAAACAUAUUAUAUCAGCUGUUAUGUGUCGUGCUGCGCCGCCCCCAGCUACUUGGCGCCCUAGGCGGUUGCCUAGUUCGCCUAUAUGGACGCGCCGGCCCUGGUCUAUAGGUUUCCUGGUUUAUUUAAAAAGCAUUAAAUUAAAUCUAUUUACCAUUUGUUUUAGUUUCACAAAGAAAGGUAUUAACAAGUUAUUAAAAGGAGGGCCGGCCCGAUAUGAUUAACACACGUCAUUCUAUCUUUUUAACAACAAAUCAAGCACAGAAAAACAAUUUAAAAAUGUCCUUCCUGACAUAUUAUAGCAUGUCAGGUUCGUCCACUCAUUACUGUAACAAUUUCACAUAUUCUUAUUUGUUAAGUUCUCUAUGGCACUGCUCGCUGGUAUUCAUUUAAAUAAUUUCUUUCGUUGGUUGUAGGGAGAAGUUAUAUUUUAAAAUAUCACCCGGGGCUUCAAAAGUUGGACGUCUGGCCGGGAUAAAGCUCUUCUUAAAGAGACUCGAAGCUCGGGGUCCUGGACAACAUGAUGGGUGCAAUUUCGGCGCCCAAAUGUUGGACCCAAACAGGGUGUAGCUCCUGGACUCCAGGAAUGUCUCGCGCCGACAUCCGAAAUGCGCGGAUCGAGAAUAGCGCGGAUGACGUGGGAGAAUUCAUGAUUUAGGAAGGUAAAAAAAAUUAUAAAAUGUAAACUAAAACAUUAUUUGUUGCCUAAUUACUACGACUGACAGGCUACUGCUAAAUUUAGAAACUGGUAUCACAUCCCUUAACACCGUUGACUACAUUCCUAAUUCGAAGGAAGAGUUUGUUGUUGCCGCGAAAAAGCCUCUCAACAGAGGAGACGCCGAGAUGACGCUGUAAGUAGCCGAAGUCUAAGUGCCGCAAUGGCGGACAAAGCUCCUAAUUAAAACGUGCGCUCGGCUCUAGGGAAAAGAGGGGGAAGGUUCGGCUCUGGACCGAAAACUUCCGGAGGUGACCGAGGGGGGCGUAACUACACCGAGGGACGACCACUGCGCUCUCUACCAGCAGGCACAGAAAGCUACAUAGGAUCGAUUUUUACAGGACGCGUGUAGAAAGCAUAGGUCCUUAAGGCGCAGCCGGUGCUGCUCUCUGGCGGCCUAAAGGGGAAAGAAAGAAGGAGGUUAGCAAAGUCGCCACUAGGUGCCGCGGGCGUUAGCUCCACUCGCUGGCGACAAGUGCAGAAGUAACUGUUUCUGCCACUAGAUGUCAUGGGUGGUCCAUAUCUGCACAUAUUUUUUUCUGUGGCAAAUCGUCCUUGAAGUAGGCCACUGCCUGGCGAGUUCACGUCAGGGCAAUGAUCCUGGGCUAAAUUCUGAGAAGCAAGGUGGGGAGCUGGGGGGGUGAGGGUGGACAAAAAAACGCAACGAGGCUGGGAAAGAGCGUCCUAACGGGACUUUCUAUGAGUGAACCUAAGAAGUAUGCGUGACGGGAAGAGCUGUUGUUAGCUGUUCUCUGAGAAGUGGUAACAACUCGUCCAGAGCUGUUGUGUGCAAAUUUAGUCAUGCAGGGAAUUAAAGUUACAGGCCCACGGGCGUGACUGCAAGCGGGAGAAAUGUCAUCCGGGCUGCUAAUGACGUCUUUAGGCUUGCAAAAGCUCAGAUUGGCCCCUGAGAAAAAGUGUCUCAGUCCACUGCUGCAAAGUAUAACUUAGUAGAGUACACCAGCCUAACAAAGUGUAAAUCACCCUUUUUGUAACCAAAUUAUAUAAAAAAUAAAAUUUCCAAAAAUAAUUUAAAAUUAUAAUAACAAUUUUUAAAAAAAGUUCCAAAAUACCUAAUUUCCGGCACACUGAAAAUUAACGGUAGUAAUUAUACUAUGCAUAAAUAAAUACACUCUCCAAGAGCAUUCACUGUUGCGCUUAUUGUAACCUCACGAAGUCCCGGCGGAAGUAUUGCAGUGCUGCUUUGCUUGCUGUUAUUUGUCGGGCCAUUUUGAACAUCGAAACUCCCUUGUCCUCUGCUUCACAGCAUCACCUUCUGAAUCUCAAAUUUUCGUCACUCAAUACGAGGUCGACACUGAAGAUAUUGACCGUCUGUUUAUUUCAGUAGUCUGUGAUUAAGAUUACCUAUUUAUUGCAUUUUUUCUUUUAUUUUAAGGAAUCAUUAAAAAAGAAUUUUUUUUAUGUCAAAUCUUUUAUAACAAAUUGUAAGAAUAAUGUUAUAAAACAUUACUUUAUUUAAAUCACUAUCUAUCACCCUUCUUUAUCAUCUUUUGCAAAAGCAGAAUAAAAAAUUGUUAAAGUACUGUAGUAAAUGUGUAUGUACCUAUUUAAAAUAGAGUAAAUCUUUGUUAAAAGUUUCUCAAGGUGGUUAAAAAUUUUGACUCAUUACCAGGGUUAAAUUGGUUGAAUAAAUAGAUGAAGUGCCAAAUUUUUAAAAUUUUCUUAAGAUGGUUUUUCUUUCAUUUUGAAACUUGUGUUAAUUUCUUAUUUCUUUUGACUUACUUAACUUGUUCGCUCAUCAAAUUUCAGAAUUUUGUAUUGGCCAAUAAAGUUGUACGUAUGUGAUUGGUGGUUCCAUAUCCCAAUCUGAAGAAAGUUGAUUCAUGGAAACCAUGUUCUUUCAGCAACUACCAACCAGUAGAUUCCAGGCCUGCCACAUAUUUCUCAUUGCUUGAAGUUUCAAUCUAAAUUUGUAAAUAUUUGAUUUUACAAGGCCAAUAUGUAUGUAGUAGUAAUCCACGCAUAUCAUUAUAUUUUAAUAUUUUGAUCUAUUUUGAUAAAAUCUUUUGUUUCACCUUUCCGCAAAAAACACUAACUUCGUUGUAUAUUACGUAAUCAGGACAAUAUCCAAAAUAAAAACAUGUCAUUAAAAAAUAUUAAUAUUUCCAAAAGGUUUCAAAUUUUGUACCUCUUUUUUAAAAUUAGAAUUAUCUUAUCACAUAUUAAAAACGUUUUGCCAGUAUUUAAUUCUAUAUAACACUAAGCCUUCCCAUCUAACAGUUUAAAAAAAUUAGUACUUUUUGAUUUUUAAUAUUUUCUCACUUAAAAUGAUUUUUAGUGGGGGAAAAAUUUGACUACUGAGGCACUCUACUAUAUAUAGCCACUAUAGGCAUUAAUUAUGUAAUGAGCAAUAUUUCCAGGAUUAAGUAUAGCAUAAAAAUAUUAAUAGAACAAAAAAUUAUGAUUUUAACCCCUUGCAAAAAUAACUUUUUAAUGUUUACUGAUGAUAUGAAUUUUUUUUAUUUAAUGAGUUUUCCCUAUUUUAUUUAAACUAAAUAAAUAUAUAUUUUUUCUUAAUGUAAACUAAAGUUUCUGAAUGUUGGUUGACAAUUACCAGCAAUUUACUGAAGCCUUAAUUAAAUAGCUAGAAAUAUCAUUAAAAAUAUCAUAUUUCAAAAGAAAAGUUAUUGCAUUACAAUAGUAUGUGAUUUAAGGUUAACAACUGAUUCGUGUAGUAAACCAGUACCUGAAUAAUUUUUUUUUGCUUAUUGUUUUUAAAUUCAAAUGCUUGUUUUUUAAGUCCAUAAACAGUGCAAGCUGCAUAAUAUUCAUUAAUAUGAUUCAUAUGUAAAAUGAAUAAAUCAAAAUUGUUGUAUUUUGAAAAUUGUAUAGUGAUGGUUUACAACCUUGUAUCUUUACCAGUACCCUUUUCUUAAAGUCUAUUUUAAAAAUUCUGCUUGAAUAAUAUGAACCAAAUUUGUUUCACAUGUUUUCAAUUAAUUAUGUUGUUCAAUUAUUAGUGGUUGACAAACAUUUCCAAUUUAGCUAAUUUUGAACUAUAGUGUUCUGCCUAUCUACCUUUUAUUUUAAUCAUUUAGGUAUAAUACAAUAUUCCAAGAAAGUGUUAAAAAUAUAAAAUAUGUGUAUUUUAACUUGAAGAUAUUUACUAAAAAUUUUACAGAAGAUAAUUAUUUGACUAAUCUUUUAUAAUUGUAGGCCUACAUUUCAAAUCCCAGUGAGUCAAAGCUGAACUUUGUGGAUUUAGAUCAGACCUGUCAUUUUAUGCUAACAAUUUACCUACGGACAGAAAAACAUAUUUUUAUGUAACAUAGCUCUGUUUACCCACGACUGAACAGAGAAGGUGUAUACUUUUAGGGUGCGAGGUUAUUUGUGUAAAAAAAUUAAUGUUCUCAUUUAUCUCCAAAAAGGUUUGACCAAUUUAGAUAUGGUUUUCUGUAAAAGGUUUGUGAUUCACUGGCGAUGGUUUCAAGAUAGGUGUUAUGGUGUUUACUCGCCAAAGGGCGCUGUAAUAAAUGUUUUUCUUCUUGCUUCUGUAUAUGAACUGCUGAGGGUCUGAUGGUACAGCAGAAGAACAUCGUCGGAAACCACUCCAUUAGUAAAUUCAUGUUUAUAUAAGCAACUAACGGUCGUGAAAAAACAAAGGAAAACGAGCUAAAAAUACUAGUUAUAAAGAGAGGUUAUGUUCCGUUUAUAAACUAAAAUACAUGUGCAUUUGCAUUGCAUGCUUUUCUUAGAAUGAGUUAUUUUGGGGAAGCUAGUAAAAUUAUGAAAAUUAUUUAACAAAAUGUAUUUUCUCCUGUAUCGGUUCGGAAUCUGUGAAUCGGCAACAGUUGUACUGGUGUAUCGGCAUAUUGGAAAAAUUUUGUGAAUCGGUACAGCUCUAUUAUUAAUUGUUACUACGUUGUUCCUACAAUUAUUUAUUUUUAUACAAAAUUAUAAAACAGUUACAGUUUGCGAUAUCUUAAAAUAUAUCGCAAUUCAAAACAAAACUCUCUCUACAAAAUGGUGUCCAUCUCACGGGGGUACAAUAAAAUAACACACCAUAAAAUAAAACAGUAUGGGGGUAAAAUGUACGGGUAAAAUAUUUUGUGAGACGCCAAACAUACAGGACAGACAAAUAGACAUAUACUUAGACAGUAACGUAGGAAUUUUCUAAAAAGUUUAAAAUAAUAACCAAAAUUCAAAAUUUUGAAAAAUACAUACACAAUUGCAAAGAGCAUAAUUAAUGUUUCCAAUAAAUUGGUCCUUACAGUUUUGUGUAAACUUGAACUAAAAUGAUAACAUUCAUUGAAUUUUUUAACCUGGUUGUGGUGUCAUAUAGUAUAUUGACAUUCAUUUCAGUGUUAUCACAACUCACUGUAAAAUAUUGUCCAUAGUUAUCAACUGUGAUAAAUUUCUUUUAUCUUAGAUCACAAUUACAGAGCUAACAAUGGAGAUUCAUUGGUUUUAGAUUUGGAGAAGAAACAUGUGUUAGAACUUGUGAACAAUCAUGUACAGACACAGGAAAUAAAAAAAAAAUAUCUUCAUUUGUAUUGUUGCUGAUGAGUAAUUCUCACAUCCUUAAGGUCUACCCAGGCACACAAUGGUGUGCAGAGCUUCAGGAAAAAACGACACAAUUUGAAAACUGCUCGGCUCGAGAUAUCUGGGUGGAGUCCGUUUACGAAAAGCAUUUAAGAUUGCGCUGAGGUCCGAUAAGUAGUUAUGUUUUCAGAUCAAGUUUUUAAACUGUAUUUUUAAGAAAAGAGUUAAAAUAGCUAAAAUGCAUGUUUUCAGAGUAAUUUUUAGGUGUAAAAACACUGUUACAGAUUCUUGAAAGCACUUAAGGGACUUGCAUUACACUUUUAUCAUUAUCAUCAUCUCAGCUGUAUAAUGUUAUGAUUACCACUCAAAUUUCAUAGUUGCCCUAUGCACAAUGAGAAGACUGCGUGCCAGUUCAGAGCCUUGCGCUUAGAGGCUACACCGCGCUAGAAACACUAGCGAGCAUCGUGCUUAUCAUCUCGCCUCACUAACAGAUACAUCUCUGGCAAGGCAGGCCCCUUAACAACAUAUUUUAUUGCAUAAUACAAGCUUAAAAAUUGACAUUUAAUAAAAAAAAUUUACUCUAGUCACUUAAUUAAUUUUCUCUCUGGGACGAUUCUAUCUUUGUCACUCGAUUCCGUGUUCUCAGGUUCAAGUUGAAGACUGCCACAUGUUUUUUUGAAGUGAAACUUCUUUGAUGAAGGGGCUACGAUUUUCAAGCGUUAUGAAAAUUCCAAUCGCGUGAAGGAAAUAGUUAGGUGCAUGGUGGGGGAACCGGCAGAGGAGAGUGCGUCGGCGACGCCACCACAACGCAUGCGCUAGCAGUCGAAUGGGAUGACAGCAAGGGAGGUGGGGUAGGUACGUAGCGUAGAAUGCUAUAAGCUAGUUGUAACGGCUGGAAGAGGAGACGGCAAGGGAGAGGUAGAAAUGACACAGCAGUGAUGCUACGGAAUUCUCGUAAUGCUGCUUGUGUUUGUCUAGUCCUCAUCUUUCGUAUCAGCUAACGAUUGAUGCUACCAUAUUUAUGUUAUUUUAUUUAAAGUAUCUACAAUUCAUUUAUUUGUGUGAAAAAGAGUCAUUGAUUGAUUUGUGAAAAUUACUUUAUAAGUAUCAUUAAUUUUUAUGUGAAUAGUGUGAUUUAAAAUGUAAAAAAAGAUGGAUUGACUUAAGAGGUUAACUUUAUAAGUGUAAUUCAUUUUUUGGAUGUAAAAACUGUGAUUUGAAAUAUCAAAAGGCCUAACAGUAAGAUAUAGACUUUAUAAGUGUAAUUUAUGUUCGAUUGGAGUGAGUUUUUUUAAAUUCCAGCUGGAGAUCAUGAUUUAACAUCAUACCUAAAAAUAAUAAAAAGGCAAAAGCAGAUAAAAGGUAUUAUCAAAGGCAAGGUGGGAAUAAACUGCUAAAAGAGGCGCCAGAAAGUGCCAGUGAACGGAUACGAGUGUACAGUACUAUUCUCAAUCAUUAGCUCUUGUUGAAUAAAAAAAUACCACUAAUUUAUCUCUAUACGUAAUAAGCAAGAAGUUUCACUACUGUCGCAUGUAGACUCCAUUCUUCUUUGCUUUGCAAUAAGAAUCCGCCCCAGCCAUGGAAUCUCGGGACUGCAGAGUGACUGACUGUCUGGCGAGGUCGCUGUAGCACUUGCCGUCACCUCACAGGAAACUGCACCUGCAGACAAACUGUUGUUCUUGGCCAGGUUACAAAUAGUAUAUGUUUGAUUGGAAAAAUUGUUUUCAUUGUUAGCCUUCUGGCACACAACUCAAGGAAAACAACCGUACGUUACCUUUUUUUACUAACUUAGUUGUAGGGGUACUCGAACAAUAUUCAACAUUCGUGAAUUAUUUGGUGUUCGAUAUUCACGAAUAAUUUUAUAUUCAAUUCAACAUUUCAAAUUAUAUAUAAAUUAUUUUUUACUAAUAUAAAUCCUUUCACCGUGUGUGGCUCAUACAGAAAAAAAGUAUUAUUGAGAAAAAAAUUUAACAUGUAUGAGGCCUAAAUGAUUUAUUAAAAAAUUUAUAUUUGUUUUCCAUAAUAUUCACCCAUUGUUUUUAUAUUCAACAAAUCGGUGAUUAUAAUUUAAAAUUAUAGAAACUGCUUUAUUUUAUGUAUAAAAUCAAAACUAUUUUCAAACUUAAUAUUUCACCAUAUGCCAGAUUUUUUUUUUUUUAAAUCCCUAAAAUUUUUACCUCUUUCUUAUAUUACUGUAUUUUGGAUCAGUAUUUCUUAUUGUAUUUCUAUGUGAAGUGUGAAAAACAAAAAAAAUCACUGAAUGUUAAAAUUUGAUUUGAAAAAUAUUCACUAUUCGUGAAUAUUAUAAUAUUCAGUUCAAAUAAAAAAGUAAUAGUUUUCGCAGACUACUUAGCUACACUUUAUUCAAUUCUAUUCUUUUCUGCAAAUAUUUUUGACUGUGACAAAGGCUUUGUGAGAGGUGUGAAACAUGCUGUGAAAAUGAGGUUUUUGCUUUGACUUCGCUCGUCGUCGACCUAGUUAAAUAUGUAUUUGUCUGAUUGUUUUAUUAAAAGAAAUAGGCUACUAGGCACGUGUAUAACAUACACAAAGUACUGAGCUGCAAGGUAACUCACAACUGCAACUGAGUGAGCAUGGGUGCAGUUGAAUCCAGGUACUACAGCUGUGUCCUGGGGUAGAUGCUGCUGGGUUUGUGCCCGACUGACUACGUCACCGUCCCCUGAACACGUGUUGUCCGCAACCUGCAACCUUCGAGCUGGCUUCUUACCACUGAUACUUGUGACUUGUAUAUAUGAUGAUUUGAUGGAAUAUUGAUUUCUGUUCUUUGCUUCCCGUGCAUGGGUCUGAGCUGUAGAGAAUCAUUUGCAUGUGGGGUCAUUAAAAAUGUUGAGUCUACGUCGGAUAAAAGAUCUUCAGUACUUCAGUUCUUGGUAACUAGUUGUUCAGAGUAAUGUAUUUUUUCACAUAACUAUCAGAAGCUUAUUUACACUGCAUGAAAACUGGUCAACUCGGGUUUGUUUAAUAUUUUCAUGUGUGCAUGAGAGAGAGAGAGAGAGAGAGAGAGAAAAAGAGAGAAAGAUAAAUAUUACAUAAAGAAAAGGCUGACUGCAAUUGGUUUUACAUUGCCGCAUCCUCUUCCUUGUUAAAUAUGUAGUUCUUCUGUUGAAGAUAUUUUAGAAUAAACUUGUAAAUAUGUUAUACUUAUUGCACUUAAAUAUUUUUACAAUGUUUGAAAUGCAACUCUCAUUCCUUGAUUAUUCAGAAAUAUUAGAAUUGUAUAAUUUCAGCAAACACUGUUGCGGGUUUCAAGUCGCAGACACAUCUGUCAUACAGAUUUUGAUAUGUGGUGCAUAAUUCAGAACACCAAUAAGAAGUUGAUGGUAAAAUUCAAACUGAAACAUAGUUUCAGGUGUAUUUAUAAUUAUACUGUAUUUCAGUGAAUGUACUUUUAUAUAUUGCUAUGGUGAUUUGUCAAUGAUUAUGAUAGAUUGUAACUUGUAAUGUUGUGUUGUUGCAGUUUUAUAAAUUAGUGACUUCUACUUUUCACAACCAAAUCUUGUGUUAAUAGCGUGAGUGAUCAUAGUUAUUAUGUACUAAUUUAUAUUUUACCAGAAACCAUAGAAAAAAACUCAAGAUUGAAAACGAUUUUAAAAUUAUAUAUUACAUUGUUAGAUACUGAGAAGUAGCUUUGAGUCACUACACAUUUUGUAAGAUGUUUUGUGGGAUUAAGAUGUACGAUAAUUCUCACUGGUGCAAGAAUUGUAAAUAAGAGUCUCUAUUUUUAAAAUCUGUUUUGUUAGAUUUUAAACAAUUUAUUGGUGUUCGAAACCCUCCCACAAAUCUAACUUUUACUAAGAGGUAUUCUUUAUAGGCUUUGAAUAUUCAGCAUUGUGCCCAACUUCUUCAAAAUUAGGUACCAACUCCUCGUGAUUUUCACACCAACAGUGUGAACUUUUCAAGCAAGCAUACUAAUUAUCUUUAUGUAAUUUUAUACAUAUAUGUAUGUAAUAUUUCUGUGGUUUACAGUUUCUAGUUUCCAGUUGCAAUUUCUAUUAUUAAUAAAAUACUCUGUCUUUGUUCUUGGCACUUACAAUGCAGGGCAUUUUCCUGGUUUAUUGAUUGGUACAGAUUUACAUUUAGUUGUGUAUCUUUCAGCAUUUUCAUCCAUAGAGUAUGAGCUUACCUAUUGUUGAAGAGAAUUUGCACAAUAUUGGCUGUAGUAUUUUUCACUCAAAUAAUAUUUUGGCGACUUACUGCUUGUUAUUAAAGUAUGUAUUUAUCUUUAACAUUGGCAAGAUAAUGUCUUGUAUGAUUUUUAUUAUUAACUAUGGAAAAUAAAUAACACACAA